AUGUAUGAAACUGAAAACGAUGAACAGACAAAACCCCUCACCUACGCCGUCAGAAAAAACAAGAAUCUCCGGCGACUCUGCACCGACUGUUUACUCAAGGAGCAUCGUAACCUCUUCUGCCCAAUUUGUGUCGACGUCCCUCCUCCAGAAGAGAGCAUCGUCUGCCUCAAUUGCCCUUCCGCCGCCCACCUCGCUUGCCCUCCUCCUCCGCCAUCUCCCUUCACAUGCCCGCCGUGCUCUGACCCCAAUUUCUCCUUCUUCCCCAAAUCUAAACCUGACCAAGAAUCAGCCGACGCUCUCGUGGCAGCGGCCAAAAUCUCGGCGUUUUUGAUGAACAACGAGGCGGCUGAGUUAAAGAAGGAAGCACAUAAGAAGAUCUUCGCAGCCAAAGAGGCCAAGAGGAGAGCUAAGGAAGCUUUGGGAAAUCUUCAGGGCCUUGUUCUCAAGCAAAAAGCUUGGGAGAAGAAGAAUAGUGACGACCCUAACCCUAACAAGAGGAAGCACAGUGACCGUCGUUGAUUCACAAAUCUCUCUCUGCAAGAUCCUCGGGUUUUUUUUAUGAUAGAUGGGUUCAAGAAAAAGACUACUCUUUUUUGUUCAUUUGAUUCUUCAGUUGUUAGUUCACAGAGAGAAAGCUGGAGACUUUGAGUUUAAGGUUUAGAAUACUUCCUUUCCUUUUUUUUUUUGUAAUGGUGACUCAGAUGUAGUGACAAUUCAAACCUGUAAAAUUUAGUC